CUACCAAUGACAUGUAAAUAAAUAGAUUUAAAAGGAGCGCGAUUUCUUGUUUAUGAAACUAAUGUUUUAUUAAAAAAACAUUUUCCGAUAUGUCUGAAAUCGAUGAUGAAGUUCUUUCGUUACAUCAAGAAUUUGAUUGGCUUCUUCAGGAAGAAGUUACUGUAAUUUUGGAGGAAUUACAAGGCAUUAUAGUUGAAUGUGCAAGGAGAUUUUCCACUCCAGUUUCACAUGAUCCUGAAUCUCUUGUCAAAAAUGAAAAAUUUCUCCUUACUAAUACAAGCUCUACACCCAGUGGACCUGCUUCUGAUCAGAUUCAAGCUGUAGUGACCCUUGUUGGUGAUAAUAUUAGUCAUGCCGACAUACACUUAAAAUUACAUAAACAUGCAAUACCAUCUCAUCGAACUUUAGUACAAAAUGAUUGUCAAUGGAAACUUCAGCAGAUUCAAGAUGCUGGAAACCACCUGUCUCAAGCUUUGCAAAUAUUUUCUUCACUGCCAGAGAUAACUGCAAGUGGUAAACUAGAUUUUCAUUCUGCAGAUGAAGUAGUUCAUGUCAUGAAUAACCUUAUGGGGUGCUUGCAAAGAGGAAGAGCUUGUCUAUUGAUUCCAAAGAAGCGCACCAUUAAUGAGCUUCAGCAUAGUCGCAACAUGAAAUCUCUUCAACCACCAUUACCUGGAGAUCUAGCUGUAAGUUUUUAUGUGCAAUCCCACAAAUUAGUCUUUGCUGUCUACCACAUAUAUUCUAAAGAAGCCAAGGGAUCACCUAAAUUUGAUGUAUUCCAGGCUGAGUCAUCCGUUCCCUGGCUCAGCGAAGCUUUAGUCCUCUUCACUGUGUCUUUGCAACUGUGUCAGCAAUUAAAAGAUAAGGUUGCUGUAUUUGCUCAGUACAAAGAAAUGAAUGAUGUAUAAUUCUUUUUUUCUCUGUAAUUAACUUUCUUUGUUUAAGAAGGUAAAAGUUAUAGUUUUGAGUCUGA